AUGCAGUAUGACGAGAGUUCGAACAUGUGUCGGGGGCCUCCCACUAAAUCGAACGCCCUCUCCCGUGAGUCUUCUCUACAAGACCGGUGGUGUCGUUGUAACAAUGGUGAUCUACCUGUGAACACGACGGACAAGCAGUUUGCACGCACUCUCAUCGAUAGCUUCUACUGGUCAAAUUCCAUUCUUGGAACAAAUUUCAAGAGUUCCCAAGUUUCACUGAUGGUUGGGCAGUAA